CCCUCAUCGGCAAGGAUACCAAUGCCGUGGAGACGUACAUCAAUUGGAAAAAGAUGGCCACUCGCAAUCCUCAUGCUCACACUUAGCUAGCCCGUCACAAACAUGGCUGGCGAGAUACGGCAGCCGAUAGACAUUGCUGCGCUAGAGCGCUACAUCGCCGACAAUGUCAAGGAGAUCCAAGUACCGAUCACCGUCAAGCAGUUCGGCUAUGGACAGUCCAAUCCUACGUACCAGAUCACCGACAAGACGGGCACGCGCUUCGUGAUGCGAAAGAAGCCUCCAGGAAAGCUGCUCUCUGCCACGGCGCACAAGGUCGAGAGAGAGUACAGGAUCAUUCACGCGCUCGAGAACACGGACGUCAACGUGCCGAAGGCAUACGUGCUUUGCGAAGACAGCAGCAUCAUCGGCACGCCCUUCUACAUCAUGGAGUUCUUGGACGGCAGAAUCAUCGAGGACCCGGCAUUACCCGGCGUUUCGCCCGAGGAGCGCACCGCCAUGUGGAAGAGCGCCGUCGAGACCCUCGCCAAGUUCCACAGCGUCAAGCCGGCGAGCGUCGGCCUCGCCUCGUUCGGCAAACCCACGGGCUUCUACAACCGACAGCUCAAGACCUUCGCCACGAUCCAGGAGGCCCAGGCUGCCACGCGAGACAAGGACACCGGCGUGCCCGUGGGGAAGAUCCCCCACUACGAGGAGAUGGUGAAGUUCUUCAGCAACGCGGCGCUGCAGCCCAAGGACCGAGGCACCUUCGUUCACGGCGACUACAAGAUCGACAACGUCGUCUUCCACAAGACCGAGCCGCGCGUCAUCGGCAUCCUGGACUGGGAGAUGGCUACGAUCGGCCACCCGCUGUCCGACCUUGCGAACCUGUUGAACCCUUGGACCAUGGCCGAGAUCCCGCUCGCGCGAAAGGCCGGCCGCGUCAACAACUCGUUUGUGAACCCUUUGCCUGGUCUGCCAACCAAGGAUCAAUGUCUGGACUGGUACCAGGCUGCCGCCGGGUGGGAUCCCAGGCCCGAGAUCAAGUGGGCAGACGCCUUCGGCGUGUACAGGGCCUGCAUCAUCAUGCAAGGCAUCGCGGCCAGAUAUGCCGCUAGGCAGGCGAGCAGCGCGAGGGCGUCGGAGUACGGUGCGCAGAUGAAACCGUUUGCUGAGGUCGCGUGGUUGCUCAUCCAGUCGUACGAAGCGCAGCUCAAGCAGCCGAGUAAGCUUUGAGAACAAUGUACUGUAGCUAGGGCCUCGUUUUUGUCCACGGGAAGCUGGGUAGAGACUGAAAAUCAAAACCGCACAAUCUCCCCAACCAGAGAAUAGCCGCUGAACCG